CAGCGCAGGUUGAGGAGCGUCCCAGUGCAGGGAAGUGCAGCGCUGGGAUGAGCCUCAAAGUUCUAGCCCUCGCCGUGCAGGGGAUUUAAAGCGGCCGCGCACUGAAAGCGCCUCAGCCUCUCUCCCCCCCAGCCGGGGGCUUUGCCAGCCGCUGCUGCUCCCAGGCUCCAGCAGCCCCUUGUCUCCACCCCCAGCCCCCCAAGUUAACUCUGAUCUCUCUGCCAGCUUCACCCCCAAAUGCCAGCCAUGAUAGAGAAGGGCCCAGAGGUUUCAGGGAAGAGAAGAGGCAGGAAUAAUAAUGCCACUUCUGCCGCCAGUGCUAAUAAUAAUGGGAACAAUAAAAGUUUGGCAGCAGCGGCAGCACCCAAUGGAAAUAGCAGCAGCAACUCCUGGGAGGAAGGCAGCUCCGGCUCCUCUAGUGAUGAAGAGCAUGCAGGAGGAGGCAUGAGAGUUGGAGCCCAGUACCAAGCCGUGGUUCCUGAUUUUGAUCCGGCCAAACUUGCAAGGCGCUGUCAGGAGAGAGAGAAUCUUGGCAUGCUGGUCUGGUCACCUAAUCAGAAUCUGUCCGAGGCAAAAUUGGAUGAAUACAUUGCCAUUGCUAAAGAGAAACAUGGAUACAACAUGGAACAGGCCCUUGGAAUGCUCUUUUGGCACAAGCAUAAUAUUGAGAAAUCCUUGGCUGAUUUGCCCAACUUUACUCCAUUCCCAGACGAGUGGACAGUGGAAGACAAGGUCUUGUUCGAACAAGCCUUUAGUUUCCAUGGGAAAACAUUUCAUAGAAUUCAGCAGAUGCUUCCUGACAAAUCGAUAGCCAGUUUGGUGAAAUUUUACUACUCCUGGAAAAAGACAAGGACUAAAACCAGCGUGAUGGACCGCCAUGCUCGUAAACAAAAAAGGGAACGGGAAGAAAGUGAAGAUGAAAUGGAGGAAACAAAUGGAACUAACCCUGUUGAUAUUGAAGUUGAACAAAACAAGGAGAGCAAAAAAGAGGUGCCGCCGCCUGAGACAGUGCCUCCGGUAAAGAAGGAGAAGCACAGUACACAGGCUAAAAACAGAGCAAAGAGGAAACCUCCCAAAGGAAUGUUCCUUUCUCAAGAGGACGUGGAGGCCGUUUCUGCCAACGCCACUGCUGCUACCACUGUGCUCAGACAACUGGAUAUGGAAUUGGUCUCAAUCAAGCGACAGAUUCAAAAUAUCAAGCAGACAAAUAGCGCGCUCAAAGAAAAACUUGAAGGUGGAAUAGAACAGUACAGACUUCCAGAGGUCGUUCAGAAAUUUAAUGCACGUUGGACUACAGAUGAGCAGCUUCUUGCUGUGCAAGCAAUCAGGAAGUAUGGCCGAGAUUUCCAGGCAAUCUCUGAUGUGAUUGGAAAUAAAUCGGUGGUGCAAGUGAAACAUUUUUUUGUAAGUUACCGGCGUCGUUUCAACAUAGAUGAAGUUCUACAGGAGUGGGAAGCAGAACACGGCAAAGAGGAGACGAAUGGACCUAGUAACCAGAAGCCUGUAAAAUCGCCUGAUAAUUCCACUAAAAUGUCAGAAGAGGAAAAUGAGGCUACUUCUGUUCUUGAUGUCAGAUAUGCAUCUGCUUCAUGAGAAGCUCGUGUAGCCUAGAACAAUUUGUGUUUGACUACUGUGUUAUCCAGGAUAUCAGGUAUUAGCAAACCUCAGACAGCCAUCUGCAUCAUAUCUAUGUGGACAAGCAGCUAUUACCAAAAAAAGGCAAACGCUUCCAGUCCUGUGCUACAUCUGCCUUAAUUUUUCCUCGUUCCUCCAUACUGCCUCCACUUUUUUUCAAAAGCUCUCAGCGCUCCAUUUCAUCAGUGUCCUGCUUAAGCACGGGGACUUCUAGAACCAGUUACACCCGUGGGUAAAAUCUGGCAAGUCUGCACAGCAAGGAACUCCGGUGUUAGCAGCCCCACACUAAUGCUACACAGUAGGAGCUCUUAUAAUACUUGGUCCUCUCCAUAGGGUAUAAGUACGUAUUGCUGCAUGGCCUUGUGAUCUCUGCUUCCUGUAUAAAGUAAUUAUUAUUCUUACAAUGACACUAUUAUUAGUGAGCUUUCUAUAAAGGAGAGGCUUAUGCACAUGCCAAUGGCGGCAUACUCUGCAAUUACAGGGCAUUUUAGCAAGCGUUCUUAAAUAAUGCAAAGUGAAGUGAAAGGUUAUUCCUAAGGUUGGGGUCUUUCUACAGUCAUAAACAUAACUCAUUACACUUUUGGUUGGUGCAAUUCUUUCUUUCCUCUGUAUUUGUACAUGUUCUUGCUUCAUAGAAAGCUCACUAACUGGUUGAGUGUUUUAUUCCUGGAUAUUUUUAAUAGCUUUUAUUUAGUGUAAAAGGGAUUACAUAACCUGAAAUCUGUCAGAUACAAUAUAUAACCCAUGGCAUUCGGCAUUCACGUUGUAACUUUUUAAGUGAGUGCCACGCAACUUCCUUUUUCCUGACUCUCCGUGGGAUUAAGUCAAAACAACUUUAGCUGGCUCUUCUCCCUUUGGAAUGGCCUUUUUUUGUAAAUUAGGCUACCAAACAGUCACUUUAUUCCAGUGUCGUCGUCGUCCUCUUCAGAGCACUGAGGUUGCCAAAGCCACCAAAUUCAUCAUCUGUGGGGAAGGGUUGACGUGAAAGUGCAACCCUAAAAUGUAGAUUUCAGUCUUAGAGGAGACCUUGAGUGGAGGAGGACAAGGACCAUCUCAUUGACCUCAUUCAGUUCUGUAUUGUUCCCCCUUUUGUCACUCUGAUCCCCUUUCUCAAUACUGUACAGGACCUGGAAGUGAUCUGAUUAAUCUUGUGCAAUGUUUCUGAACAACCAGUCCAUAGACUGGCACCGGUUCGUGGCAGCCUCCUUGCUGGUCCCUGAGAUUUCUCUGACACAUUUUAGGAAGGUAGCAAGCAGGUCUCUGGUAUCAAAAAGGUUGAGAAACAACUGAUCUAGUGAGCCAAGAAUAAUGCCCUGGGAAGAUACAGCUGCUUUCCCUAUAUCAUUGCAAGUUUGACCCACUUUGGUUUUGGAAGCAAUUUCAGUCCCUCUAAAGCAGGAGUUCCCAAGCUAUGGUUUGUGUACCACUACUGGUAUAUUUGCUUGAUGUUCCAUUCAUUCACUUAAAAUCACUUUAUUUUAUUUUUUUUAAGAUGAUGAUACAGGAAGCAGUGAAGUUUGGGAGCUGCUGCUCUAAAGCGCGCAUCACUUUAAUUUUCAGAACCAAAAUAUGCAAUUAAAAGGGGAAGAGGCACACCCCAAAAUUUGCCUUAGCCCCCCUUUAGCCACACACCCCCAGUGCAAAGGUGAAACCUUACACAGAUACUUCUGUUGCUGGUGGCAGCGCUACCUUCAGAGCUUGGCUCCCAGCCAGCAGCCGCUGCCCUCCAGCCACCCAGCUCUGAAGGCAGCACCGCUGCCAGCAACAGCACAGAAGUAAGCCUAGGCAGGGGCCUGGGGUGCCUGAGAGCAGCCUUGGGCUGUGUUCCUGCCCGCUGGGGUGAGCUACCCAGGGCAGGUGGUGGAUCCAGGGCUCCCCAUGGUCUAGGCUGACCUGUUCCAGCCCAAGCUCCUGGGGCCCCCUGCACUCGCUGUUCCCCACGGGCUCUGUCGGCCCCGGAGCUGAAUCCCCCUGCCCGGGCAGCUCUUACGGGCUAUGGGCUGUCAAAGGGCAGUGGGGAGCUGAGGAGCAGCAAGAGGAGAUGGGGGAGCGCUGUGGCCAAUCAUACCAUGACACCAGCCAGUGCAGCAGCUGCCCUGCAUUGCCCAGCUCAGGCUUCCAGCCUGGCCAUGGGGCGGGGCUUUUGGGGGGAGAAGAGGGGCCAGCAUUUAACUGAGGAGCAGGAGGGAGUGGGGCCAUAGAGAAGGGUGGGGUUUCGUGGUGAGGGGGCUAUAGCCCCCUGAUUUUCUGUCUACCCCACCUCAGAGCAACAAACAAAACUAACAGACAUUGUUAUACCAACAGAUGUUUGUGGUGUAGACCUUGCCCAAGUUGAGGUUGCACGAUCACCUCCCACUUCCCACCAAGUCUGGCAAACUUAUGAUCAGAAAAGUUGUAUUUUGGCUUUCUCCCCAAGGGAAAAUAGCAUGUAUAAUUCAUUUGAUAUCAGGAAGAAAAAAGUUGUCUAAUUCUUUUUUGGAGGACUACUAUCUUAUUGUAGUCUUAUACAUACAAUAUAGCCCUGUAUUUUUAACUUUAUUAGGUUUCAUUAUUCUCUUACCUAUUAUGUUUUUAAAUACAAGAAAUCAUUUUAGCUUUGAAAGUUUAAAUGGUUUGGUCUUGUUUAUAUGAAGACCUUCUCUCCUUCCCCCCCCCGCCCUUUUUUUUUUUUUAAUGGAUCAAGCAUUAGAUACAUCAACUGGUUGCAUUCUGAUUAGAAGGGUCCACAAAGAUUACUGCAUAAGAUGUAAUAUUCACUUAAAUUUUUGUUUUCUUAAACUAUCAAUGUGAAUGUUAUAAUUAUAUAUAUUUUGUGGAAUAUGGGAAUUUAUUUCUCCUAAGUAUAAGUUAUUGUGCAAAAAUAUGGUAUUGUUAAAGCAAAUGAUAGUUUAACUUUUAGUUUUAGAAAUCUUAAAGAUAUAAAAGUGUAUUACAUAUGCAUAAACAAAUUACAUUUGUUCUAUUUAAUUUUUAUGUAGCUGUGUAAAGUGCUAGGUAACUUUUUUUUUUUCACUUAUUCAUUAAAACACCUUGUUACUUGAAUAUUGUGUUUAACUGGUCUGAAACACAGUGAUCAAUUUUUUUGUAAUAUAAUCUUUAUAACCAAGGGAAAAAAUACAUGCCUCAGUUGUGCUUAACAGUAUAGCAACAAUGUACAAUCAGAUGUUUAAGUCCAUAGUAGCCAUAACCAGUAAUGCAGCCACAACGUUUGUGUCUUGAUAUUGUAUUUAAUACCAAUGGGGAUAACUGAUUCUUAAAUUUUUUUUUACACAUUUGCAACCAGGAAGACCCCUGGAUUCUGAAUAAAAAGCAUCAUUUUUUAAAAAGCUAAUACAAGAAUGAAACUUUUUUUUUUCCUUCUUACAGUGAUGUCCUGAAAAACAAACAUUUUUCUUUCCAGGACAAACACAUCUGAAACAUUACUUACUAAAAUAUGCUCAUUGUCACUUUAAAUUUAAACCUAACCCAUUUUAGUUUUUGCCUCCUCCCCCAGCUUAAUCUCCAAUAUACUGUUGGUAUUCAUGCACACCAAAUAUGAGCCAAACUGUGCAUUAUGCUAACUUGGUCACUGGAUUUGUGAGCUUAAAGACUUUGAAAAACUCCAGAUCAAUGAACAGCAAAAAUGUCACAAGAGAUGUGGCUUUUCUGAUAUAUAUAUUUUUAAAGUCUGUAUAGAAUGUCUCAUAGCCCAUUCAAAAUUGAGUGGCCUAAUAGUCACACUUAAAAAAAAAUGCAUUUUUUUAUUAGCUCCAGCUUGCCUUUAGCAAGUCAAAAAUCUAGUGAUCUUGUGCAAUGCCCUGAAGCAAAUACACUUUCUGCCACUCCCUGGAUUAAUGCAGCUUUUUCUGUUGAUAGUAAAGCACAAUUGCAGUGAAAGUUACCAUUCAGAAGAUGGAAGGUCAGUAUAGUCUAUGCAUGUUGUAUAAUAAUGAGUGUUUACAUUCAUAUUCUCCUAAAAUUAAAUUUAUACUGGAGUGUAUAGUAUUCCAUUAUGUAGAUUUUAUCAAUUUUGUUAACUGCUUAUAGAUUACUUAAAAGAAUUUUUUCAAAAUUUUAAAAGAUGUAUAAGGUUAAGUUUGCAAAUAUAAUGGAAAUGCUGUAUAGCUUGGGAAGUGAUCAAAUACUCGUUGGGGUUUUGAAGAAAGUAUGUUGUAAUAAUGCUGUUGUAAGUAAUAUUUUAAUGUCUUUUUUGCCUGUUUUCUAUUAUUCAGCACACUUACUGUGAUGAACGUUCAUAGCAUUAUAAAAUUGCUUAACCACUGAAAAGCAACAUUUGUUUUUGAAUUAUCAUUUUACUGUAAGAGGAAUUAUAGUGGGGUUUGAAAAUUCAUUUGUGAAAUUCUACAUAAUUCAUUUUUCUAUGAUUUCCAAUGUUUGCUGACAUCAAAUAAAAUUUUUC